GUGCAAACUGAAGUAGAAUGUUUCAAUUUAUGCAGCUGAUUAUACUGCUGCUUAGUGUGGUAUACGAACUAAAAGCACUUCCUCGCCAUCAUAUGGAGAAGAAGAUGCGCCAUUUGGAAAAAAAGUUUCUCAACUUUGAAGAUAUGUUCAAGGAUAACCAAAGUAAAAAUCAAUUCAAAAUAGGAGCAGCAGAUAAUGCCAUUGUGCGUUUAAAGUUUCCAGAGGCCAAAAACAAGAAUCGUGCCAAUAUAUACAGCCAUAAUAGUAAAAACCAAAUUCAAUAUUUCUUAAACUUUGAUUUUAAGAAUUACCGAAACCCUAAAGAACCAACCAAUGUCAGAGUUAAGCAGAGUCCGAGUCCCUUUAAUGUUUUUCCUCUUAAAGGCGAAGAUGUUUUUCCUUAAAAGUUCAAAUAUGUGAAACAAAUAAAAAUAUUUAUAUGAAUAUGAGCGAAGAUCACGUUUUACUGA